UCACGGGAUUCAACUGAAAAUAAUUGCAAGAACCACAAGUCACUCUCUCAUCCAUCAAUCCAUGCAACACUAGAAUCAUAUCCAAUAUUCCAUAUUUGGUAUUCAAUUCUUGAGUUAAUGGGUGUCCGUGGAAGCUCCAUUUUCAUCACAUUUCUGCUUCUUCUUCUUGGCUUGCAUGGGGGCGGCAGCAGCCCCAUCAAGACCAUCGUGGUGCUGGUGAUGGAGAACAGGUCGUUCGACCACAUGAUCGGGUGGAUGAAGAGACUCAACCCUGAAAUAAACGGCGUGGAUGGCUCCGAGUCCAACCCUCUCAACACCAGUGACCCAAACUCGAAGCGCAUCUUCUUCAAGAACGAGUCUCACUACGUCGACCCGGACCCGGGUCACUCGUUCCAAGCCAUUAGAGAGCAGAUAUUCGGGUCCGACGCCGGCAACACCUCGUCGGGAAACCCACCUCCGAUGAACGGGUUUGCUCAGCAGGCUUACUCCAUGGACAACACCACCACCAUGUCCCAGGAUGUCAUGAAUGGCUUCAAUCCCGACAUCGUCGCCGUCUACAAAGCUCUUGUUUCUGAAUUCGCAGUUGUUGACAGGUGGUUUGCCUCGGUGCCAUCCUCAACACAGCCGAAUCGCCUCUUUGUUCAUUCGGGGACAUCUGCUGGUGCAACAAGCAACAUUGCGUCACUUCUGGCCAAGGGUUACCCACAAAGAACCAUCUUCGAGAACCUUGACGAUGAAGGAAUAUCCUUUGGAAUAUACUACCAAAACAUUCCGACCACAUUGUUCUACCGUAAUUUGAGGAAGCUCAAGUACUUGGGCAACUUCCACCUAUAUGACGCCUUCAAGGCCCAUGCAAAGCAAGGGAAGCUGCCAUCCUACACUGUUGUGGAGCAGAGAUACUUUGAUCUCAAGUUCGCACCCGCAAACGAUGACCAUCCAUCGCAUGAUGUGUACCACGGCCAAAUGUUCGUCAAGGAGGUCUACGAGAUACUGAGGGCGAGUCCGCAAUGGAACCAGACCUUGUUGGUCAUCACAUAUGAUGAACAUGGUGGGUUCUACGAUCAUGUGCCUACUCCCGUUGAUGGGGUUCCCAGCCCGGAUGGGAUUGUAGGGCCGGAGCCUUUCUUGUUUCAGUUCAAUCGGUUGGGAGUUAGGGUUCCGACCAUCUUGGUGUCACCCUGGAUAGAAAAGGGUACCGUUGUUCAUGGGCCUAACGGAUCACCAUUUCCGAAUUCGGAAUUUGAACACUCGUCAAUUCCAGCAACUGUUAAGAAGGUGUUCAACCUGUCUGCACCAUUCCUAACAAAGAGGGAUGAAUGGGCUGGUACCUUUGAAGGCAUUGUGCAAACAAGGACAGAACCCAGAACUGAUUGUCCAGAGCAACUACCUGAACCAGUCCCAACCAGAAACAGCACGGCAAAGGAAGACGCCAAGCUUAGUGAAUUUCAGCAGGAGGUACUGCAACUUGCAGCCGUGCUAAAAGGAGAUAACCUAUUUACAAGUUACCCAGAAAAGACGGGGAAGAAGAUGACUGUCAAGGAAGGGAAGGAAUACACUGAAGAUGCACUUAAACAAUUCUUCGAGGCAGGGCUUUAUGCUAAGAGAAUGGGAGUUAAUGAAGAACAAAUUGUCCAGAUGAGACCCUCCCUUACAACAAGAUCAUCCAAAACUUCACCAGAACACCCAUAGUUAACCAGACAGAACAGAUAAAUGAGAUAAAGCUGUUACUGGAUCCUACGUGCAAAUGUAAGGGAGCAGUCAUAUGUUUCUAGAUCCAUACAGAUAUAAGGAAAGAAAUUAUUCUAAUAAAGUAUCAUAAUGUUUAUAGCCAUA